AUGUGCUGUCAGUUUAUUUUCCUCUGCGCAGCUGCCAUAGCUGUAUCCUCACUCACACCGACGAACCCUCUAGAGAACUACUAUUGGAAAUUAUAUUUGCAAAACAGUCAAAUUCUUGAAGAAUUGCGUCAACGAUACAGAGAGGAGAAUACUCUGUUUCCUAAAAGAGGGCUCAAUCCAACUACGCCACCUUCCAGGAUUGCUACCACAAUGGGAAUGAUAGAGAGCUAUAUGGAUGAAGAAGAUGAUGGUGAAGAUAGCCUGUGCACUAGCGAUAAAAUAAUAAUAGAACGUUUGAUUGAUAACUACAAAUCGUUUAAAACACCUUCGGAAACGGGUGUUAUAGUCUGGAUAGAGGUAUGGGUACAAGAAGUGAACUCUGUAAAUGAGAUUACAAGCGAUUUUGAUAUGGAUAUUUACGUAACAGAAUUAUGGAUGGAUCAUGCUUUACGAUACGAUCACAUGAGUCCAUGCAAAUACAAUCUGUCGUUGAAUUCAGAGAUCCUUGAUCAAAUCUGGAAACCAAAUACGGUGUUCAUAAAUAGUAAAGCAGCGCAUAUUCAUAAAUCACCAUUUAAAAAUGUAUUUCUUAUGGUAUACCCAAACGGUACGGUAUGGGUGAACUAUCGAGUACAGGUGAAGGGACCAUGUUCAAUGGAUUUUAGCGCAUUCCCAAUGGAUCGUCAGUCUUGCCAUCUGACACUUGAAUCAUUUAGUUAUAAUAAUCAAGAGGUUGACAUGCAAUGGACGAAUUGGACUGAUGGUUUAUCGCUUCUCAAAAAAGAGAUCGUUCUUCCAGAUUUUGUGCUCACUAAUUACUCAACCUCAAUUGAACGACAGAUCUACCCAGCUGGAGUGUGGAAUGAGUUGACGAUGACGUUUGUGUUCAGCCGACGAUACGGGUGGUAUAUAUUUCAAGCCUAUAUUCCUACAUACCUCACAAUUUUUAUAAGUUGGAUAAGCUUCUGCCUCGGUCCAAAAAUGAUACCAGCAAGGACAAUGCUUGGUGUCAACUCGUUAUUAGCUUUGACAUUUCAAUUUGGUAAUAUUAUGAGAAAUCUACCACGUGUCAGUUAUGUAAAAGCUCUUGAUGUAUGGAUGUUGGUUUGCCUGACGUUUGUGUUUUCUUCACUUCUGGAACUUGCAGUCAUAGGUGCUAUCGGUGCUAAAACAGAGACAAAAGGUGCUUGCCCUCCUCAACGGUCCCGCUCCUCUUCGUGUACAUCACCACGAAUUUGUCGAAAUCAUGUACAAUCGGAUUCACCACAUGGAUUUCGAAGUUAUGGAACUACUGAUCCACGUAUGAGAAAGAAGCUUCUAUUGACAACACCAGGAACAAUUUCACGAACAUCCAGAGACAUCACUCAAACACCGGAAAAGAUGCUAUUACUGGAUGGUUGUGAGGAGAGAUCAUUCGUUCAUCCAACAAGGCGAGAAUGGUCAACGGAUCGUAUUGAUCGGAUAAGUAUGGUCGCAUUUCCUGGAUUAUUCACCUUAUUCAACAUUAUAUACUGGUCGUAUUACCUCAGUUUGGAUUAA